CUCUCUGUUAGACCGCUAGAGAGAAUUUUUAACAUAACUGUGCUACUUAUUUUGUCGCCACUGUAGCUAUUCCCUUAUCGUGCAGCAGUAGAGGGCCAUCCCUCUUCUUUUUCUUCUUUUUUUUUUAAAUAAAAACCAACAAAAGUGUUCUGGUUUCCCAAUUUCACGGUACAAUUUAUUUUUAUAGUCUGCUGCUACUUUUCUGUGAACGACGGCAGCAGCCGCUUCGCGAUGUUGUCUUGUUUUGAAUUUCCCAUAUCACAUUAUUGCCUUUCAUUUCAUCUUUACUUCAACAUCAUCACGAAAACGAAAAACGGAAAACGAAUGAAAUAUAUUUUGUUGUUCUUGUUUUUGUUUUUUUCUUCGUAUAGUUUCAAUUUUGAUGAAAAGAAAAUAGAAUAUCCCUCCAAAAUGCACUCGAAGAUGAGAGAAAGUAUACUGGAAUAAAAAUGUUGUGAGAGAGAAAGAUUUUUGUUGGUGUUUAUCUUGUUUUUCUUUCCAAUUUUCCCUUCCAAUUCUAUUUACCAUUUUUUCCAGAAAUAAUGUGCAUUAUUUUUCUUUUUACAAAAAAAAUAUUCAUGUUCGUUCUCGUUGUCGUCUGUGUCUCUGUCGUUUAUGUCGUGUUCGUGUUGUUCGGUGUUCGUUUCGUUCUUAGUUCCUUCAAGAAGUAGAACAACGAAUGGAUUUUCCCUGAAUUUUUCAUCGGGUGCGUGUUGUAGAAUUUUUGUAUAAGAAAGUAACAAAUUCGAUAAAGGGCGAGGAAAAGGAAAUAAUGAAUUCUACACGACGAAAUAGAAGGAAAAAGGUGGUGAAUUUAAUGUGAUGAAUCUAUCAAUAUCACCAUCCAACGUGAUGUCCUUGGUGAUUGGAAAAUCUAUUUUGAAAAAUUUAACUCGAUUUUAAGUGUGAAACACAAGGGGGAGGUGAAUUUUUGUAUAUUAUUAUUUUGUUCUUCGUAAAUCCUACCUAUCUUGUGAAAAAAUUAAAAAAAAAAGUAUAAAAAUAUAAAAUCUCUGAAAAGGGAGGAGUAGUUUUGGUGAAAAAAAAGAAGCAAGAAAAAAAAAUUAAAGAAACAACGAAAAAAGUGACAUAAAGAACAAAAGGACGAAAAUAGAAGAAGGAUAACACACAGCACAGCACUCAACCAGCACAGUACAGCACAGCAGAAGAGCGAGACGUGUUCUCACAAACACACACUUACCUCUCUACUGUAUCCGUAUAUAUAGCACACCACUACAACUAACUACUACACCAACUAACCAACCAAUACACACACGCUCAUCCUGCCAGUUAUUCCUGUGUGUGGUGAUUAUUUAUUCAGGACAUAAGAAGGGAUAUAAAUUUCAAGAAAAAAUAAAUAAUAAACAAAAAAGAAAAAAAAAAACAAUAAAUAAAACUAAAUAAUUAUUUAUGAUGGAUAAUAAACGGAGACAAAUUGUUGGACUAUUUGCUGUGGUGUUUUACUUAAACGUAUUCACCUCGAAAACUGUCAAUGCACAACAACGACCCAGAAUAUUAGAACAUCCAGCUGAUGCGAUAGCAGCGCGUGACGAACCAUUAACACUUAAUUGCAAAGCGACUGGUAGACCGCAACCAGAUAUAUCAUGGUAUCAUAAUGGAACACCAUUGGUUCCGUCCGAACGAAGAGUUAUCCUUCCCGAAGGCUCGUUAUUUUUUCUAAGAGUAAUGCAUAAUAAACGAGAACAAGAUGCAGGCAUUUAUUGGUGUGAAGCAAAAAGUUCAGCUGGAAUUGCCGUUAGUAAUAACGCAACGCUUCAGAUAGCCCUGCUCAAAGAUGACUUUCGAUCAGAGCCAUCUGACUCAAUAGCGUUAGUUGGCGGUCCAGUUGUUAUGAAUUGCACACCACCGAGAGGUAUUCCGGAGCCUUCAGUUCUUUGGUAUAAAGAUGGCAAGCUUUUAGACUUGAGUGGGAAAAGGUUGUCUAUGGUUGAAGGAGGAUCUUUGAUGAUAUCCGAGGUACAAGUUUCAGAUGCAGGAAAAUACGAAUGUUCUGCACAGAGUAUGGCGGGGCGAAAGAAUGCCCCUCCAGCAACUCUAAAAGUUCUCACUCCACCUUACAUAGUUCGUGGUCCGACAGAUACUGAAGUGAUAGAAAGCGAAAGAGUGGACAUUCCAUGUGAGCUGGUUGGAGAUCCAAAACCUAUUGCGUCUUGGCAUCGUGAUGGAGGUUCGCUACCUGAAGGCAGGUCAAGGAUUUUGUUGGAUAAUACAUUGAGAAUAGAAGACGCACGAGCUGAAGAUCAAGGAACCUACACGUGUAAGGGAUACAACGAAGGUGGUAACAUCUCGCUGUCCAUAAAACUCAGUGUUUUCGCUACCCCAAGAAUCACAGAAGCUCCAUCGGAUGUGGAUAUCAUGGAAGGUGAAACUGUAAAUCUUCCAUGUAAGGCAUCUGGUCGACCUAAAACGAUAACAAUAUGGGAUAAGAUUCUAUCCGAGGGAAUCGUGGCCAAUUUACAAGAUGAAAUUUCUCAAAUGCUCGAAGAAGAAGCUCGACAAGAACUUUUGGCAAAGGCAAAGAUUAUGAGCUUCAGAUCAAAGCGACACAGCUUAAAAUUGAUACGAAACAAUCGGACCCGACGGAGUAUAGUUAUUUCCGACGAAGAAAAAGACGAUGAUGUCGAUGUGAAUAGUUUAGUCACCGAAACUACAUCAUUUAUCGAUGUUUCAUCGUCACCAACACCAGAACUUCCCAAUUUCGAGAUUAGCAAAACUGGAGAGCUUGUCAUAAAGAAUAUACAAAAGCGAGAUGAGGGUUGGUACGCAUGCACAGCAAUUAACGAAGCCGGAAGUGUUGUCAAGAAAAUUUUCAUCCACGUGAAAUCACCAUCAGAUCCCGAGGGAGACUUUCAAAUUCCCGAAUCGUUUAAUAGUCGCUGGGAGAACACCCAAAAUAUCCUAAUAACAACUGUCAUCCCAGUUUCUUCGAGCACUCUCGAUGUGACCUGGGAAUAUGCUCAAACAAAUCUAUUCCCCAGUAAGGGAAUAACCCUGUACUACCGUCCGAUAUAUCUUAAUGGAGCUGAGGUGCGUAUAUUGUCGAAGGAAUAUCUAUCGACUGGAACAACGUUCGAAAAGAAAACCCAUCGUUUGGAGGAUUUGAAGCCCUACACGAACUAUGAGAUCUUUGCAACUGUACCCAAGGGACUCGGUGGAACUAUUUCCAAUCUGCGAAAGGGAAAAACUCUCGAUGGGCCACCAUCCGCACCGCCUACAGAUGUAAGAGUAGGAGUCAUAAAUAAUACGGCAGCUUAUGUUCGUUGGUCUCCACCACCCACGCAUUUGAUAAACGGUGAACUGACGGGUUAUAAAAUUCAAAUAAAAUCGAAUGUGACAAAUAAGCUGUUGGGACAGAUGUCACUUAACGCCAGCACGCAGUCCGUGGUGAUCAAUAGUUUGAGUCCUGGUGGACGGUAUAUCGCUCGAGUAGCGCCUUUGACAGCAGGUGGCCUGGGACCAUAUAGUCCUCCAGCGCCUCUUCACAUUGAUCCGUCCUUUAUAGCUAGACCACCGAAAACCGACCCAGCUCUUAGUGCUUGGUCAAUGUCCUGGAUGCCAGGCGUAGCACUUGGGAUUCUCGGAAUAUGUCUAAUUAGUGGAGCUAUAUUUGCGGUGUUUUGGGCGAAGCGGAAUAAGCGCAAUCUAAAGGCAUCAUAUCCAGCACCAGUUCUCACAUCUUCCCUUGCUGAUAAAUCGCAUACACUUUGGAUGCAAAAUAACACCACUAUCAAACCAACUCAUACCUAUGCUGUGCCGCCACCACCUCCAUCUGCACCACAAUCUGAGUACGCCGAAUUGACUACGGUCAAUAUGCCCAAACUUAACCUAGGCCAAUCCGCACCACCGGAACCUUAUGCGACGGUGACUCUGCAACGUGGAGCUGGCGGAGGAAUGGGCAUCGGUUUAAGCUCUAUAGCGGAUGAUUGUCGUAAAUGCUCGGCCAGUCCCAGUUCCAGCGAAUACAAUGCGCCCAUAAGGAUGCCAAUGAAUAUGUGCGAUAUGCUCCCACCGCCACCAGAUCAUCCAUACAAUAGCUACAAGACUAUGAACAACAUGACGAUACGCACAAAUCCCGCAGCACUGUCACCGCAGGUGAUGCGUCGCGGAAUGCAAGGAAUGCCACAACCCCAUCAGCCACCAGUUUGGGGUUCACUGCCACCACCACCGAUACCCAAUUUCCCGCAAAAUUGGAUGCAAGAAAGAAACACCGGAGGUUAUCACCAUCCCCAGCACCAGCAGCAUCCACAGCACCAGCAACACUCACAACUGCCUUCACAGCACCAGCAGCAUCAACUUCAACAGAAAGCACAACACCAGUACCGCCACCAGCAGGAUCCACACCAUCAGAAUAUCUACAGCGAAAACGAGUACGAGUCCGGGUCGGUGCUAUAUGAGCAAUUUUGUCGGGACAACGAGGCUUCCUACUUCAACGAAGGUGGGGAGCCCACCGAGGAGUAUUACCGCAAUGUAAAUAUGGAAUUCUUUGAAGACCAAGAAUUCGAACCCGCCACACCACCACCGCCUUGUCCACCAGACGCAGCGACGUCCAAAGGCAAUCCCAAUCUACGACUUCUUGCCGCAGCAAAUGGCGCCCGACACCAGGACAAUGGCCAAUUGAAUCUGCCAAGAAGGAUAUAUAGGAAUCAUCAUGGUGGCAGCGGAACUCCUGGUGAUUCAUCGUCAUGUGAGAGAAAUACCAACCAUACUGGACCUUCGCAAGGGGGCAGUAAUAGUUCAGAUGAUAGUGAAUCCGAAGGUGACCGUUGGGCGCCACGUUCAAGACGCAGUCGUUCUCGGUCAAAGAGCAACGAACGGAGAUUUCGAGGUGAUCAGUGAGAUGUCAGGUGAUAGUAGAUAAGUAGUAGUGGUACAAUGCACACAUCCGGUGUUAUUUUACACGUUGCGGAUUUAUCUUGACCGCAAAAUACAACAACUCUCGAAUACUCGAAAAUUUUGUGAAAAACAUAUUCAUUAGUUUUAGUUAAGCAAAAAAAAAAAGAAAACAUAACAAAAUUCGUUUCGAGUAGAUUUUUGUGUUUUUGUUUUCUUUUUUUAUUUAUAAUAACCGUAGAUUUUAGACCAUUUAGUUAUGACACAUAUUGGUAUAAAUUUAUACCAAUUAAUUAAAAUGUUCUCUGUAAAGAUUUUUUCUUUUAUUUAUAUCUUGAUAUAGAUUCUUUUGUUUUAAACAAUACAAACAAAUAAUUGGUAUAAAUUUAUACCAACUGUGAAAGGUUUUAUGUGUAAAAAAUGUUUUUAUUUACUCUAUAUUUUUUAAUAAUUAAACUAUUAUUUCUGUAAAUUAAUAUUAUUGAAUACAACAACAACAAAAAAUAAGAAAAAAAAAGUAUAACUAAAGUAAGAGGCUUUUUACAUGAAUUCAUUAUAAAUAUAUAUACAUAUACACUAUAUAUAUAUACAACAAACAUGCAUACAUAGAUAUUAUUAUUCGCAAAAUGAAAAAAAAGAAGUUUUUAAAGAAAAAAGGUGUAAACAAUAUAUUAUUAUAAAAUUAUAUUAGUAAUGUUUUGUUAUUCCUUUUUGUGUAAAGUAAAGUUAAAGCGAAAAAAAAUAUAAACUAUAUUAAUUAGCAGAUAUAGAAUAUAGAGAGGAGAGAUAUUGCAUUUCUGAGAAUAUUUUUUGUGUUCCUUUAGUUAUUAGUUGUUUAUUUUUUUGUAGUUUUCUUUUUUAUUUUAAUUUUCAUCAAGUCCAGUUACAUAAUAAUUGAAAAGUUUCAAGUUAAAAAAAAACACGACUGAUUGCAAUUGAUUUCAAUAUAAAUAACUUCCAUUAAAUGAUAAUAUACAUACAUAUAUGAAAGCACAAUGAUUGGUUAACAACAACAAAAAUAAACAAAUAUUUAUUAGCAGAAAUUAGAUUUAAAAGGAAAAUACAAGUAUUUCAUGCGUAUUUUAAGCUCAAAUAUUGUAAAAUCCUUGAAAUGAAAACAAUUUUAUUUAACGUUAAUUGCAAAGGGGAAGAAAUGUUUAUUUAUCAAAUCAAUUUUUCAAACUUAAAAAUAAGUAAAGGAAUAAGUUUUUAAUCUUGGUAUUUUAAAAUCCACAAUCCACUUAUUAAAAGUUAAAUCUUGUUAUUCUAAUAAUUGCACAGACUUUUAUUUUGAAGGCCAGACUCUAUUUUAACCAAAAUUUUCAAUUAGUAAAAUCGAUGAGUCCUGAGCUUAAUAAAUUGAUCUUAAUUUAAAUUUUACUUAAUUUUGAAUUCAUAAUGGUUCUUUAUUUUCCUUUUUUGGAUUUACAUAUAACGUUCACAUUUGGUUAAGGAUACAAGAAUUGCCGAUAUCGGUCUUUUAAAAGCAUAACUUUAAACUCGUAUUUUCUAGUUCCUAUCCUGAACAAGACAAAGUUUAGUAACAAGAGGCUAUGUUAAUAGAUAUUCUUGUUUGCAGUAGUAACGUUGAAUUUAUUGUACUCAGUUUGAAAAACUAAUGAACAUGAAUUAAAAUCUUUUCAACUUUAUUUUGUUGUGUUCCUUAGCUCUUAGUUUUUACUUGUAAAAUCAAUUUAGUAUUAAAAAAACAAACAUUUUAACAACUGCAUAGGGGUUUGAAAACGAAUUAGAAGGAAUUAAGAUUCUAAAUUUAUAUACUCGUACAUAUUUGGAUUGUUUGAAAACAUAAUAAAUAAGCUAGAGUAUGAAAUUUCUGACCUUCAACUGAAGACAAUUCAAAUUUAAAUCGAGUCCAAAACAUUCUUAUUCCAAUAACAAUGUUUCGUUUAUAAGUACUAUUAUUUUAUAAACAUACCGUUAAAAUAACGUUUUUUAUCGUCG